AACAGCAAUCUGUAACUGUGCCAUUUCAUUUAGUUUGAGUGGUGAGUGAGUGUAGGGUUUAAGGCCUAAAACCCCAGAAGAACAUCAAACUACCAAAUUUUAAUGGCUAAUAUUUCUCGCAGACUCUCUCAUUCAUUUCUAUCUAACACCAAAUUCUCCCAAUUUCCAAAACUAUUUUGCACCGGCAAUCUCUCCUCUCGCGAAGAACAUAAUGACUCGGACGAUCCCACUCAUCAGAACUCCGAAACUGACUCGGUCCCAAACUCAACCCCUCAAUCGCCGUCUUCCACAUCAUCGCCGGAUUCAGGUCAGCGUCGAGAGGUCUAUCAACAGCCACUAGAAAAGGGCCUCGACGUGGGCGUUUAUAAGGCAAUAUUGGUUGGGCCGGUUGGACAGUGUCCAUUGCAGAAGAAGUUGAAGGGUGGGAGGGUUAUUACAAUGUUCUCACUAGGAACCGGUGGAGUUCGCAAUAACCGGAGGCCGUUUCAGAAUGAGGAGCCUAGGGAGUAUGCAAAUCGGUGUGCUAUUCAGUGGCAUCGGAUUUCGGUUUAUCCUGAAAGAUUGGGGAGUCUUGUUAUGAAGAAUGUUUUUCCGGGAUCAAUUAUGUAUGUUGAGGGGAAUCUGGAGACCAAGGUCUUCACUGAUCCUUUAACUGGUCUUGUACGGCGCAUAAGAGAGGUUGCUAUUCGUCAAAAUGGUCGGAUAGUGUUUCUUGGAAAAGGCGGUGAUGAGCAGCAAGCAAAUACCGUAGAACUGAAAGGUGUUGGGUACUACUAGGGGGAAUAGCUAGAUUUGAUGGAAGGUUGGUUUUUAACACAAGCAACUCUCACAUUUGUAAUUAUUUCUGGCAUUUGCUUUGGUGAUAAUUUUAGGCAGAAACAAUUUGCAAAUGUGUUUACAAGCCCUUGUGAUUCAACAUGACAUGGAAGCAGAGAGCGAUUUGAUACAUAACUUAGUAUAGUUGUUCAACUUAUUACCAACAGUAAUGAAAUUUGUAUGAAUCCUUCGUAUAUUAGCAGUCAAUCUGGGCUUAAGUUGGUUCAGAAUAUUGAAAGGAUUAAUCUAGAAAUAGUGAUCUUCCCAUUA